UUCUGUUCGCAACCAAAUAGAUUCCGAUAUCAAAAUGAAAAUGGACGGAUAUUAUCCGGUCCACUCUCACCCCUAAGAGGCGGCUAUAAAGCCCUGCCCACGAGGCCCAGGCGAUGUCGCUCUCGUCUUAUUCGUUCUACUCCGCCAUCAUCAUCGGACUUUAGAGCAAAGGGCGAAUUGGGGCAAAAGAUAGGGAGAGAAAUCCAUCUCGCGCGAUGGAGGAGGAUUCAUCGGUUGGUGGUGGCGAUCCACGGCAAAGCCCCGGCCAUGUCCCAAACCCCAAGGCGAAGUCCUGCAAAGGAUGCCUCUUCUACUCUUCUGUCCUCAAAUCAGAGGCCCGCAACCCCCUCUGCGUCGGCAUCAGCAGGAACCUGCAGCAAGUACCUAACUACAUGAUUGGGGAGUCAGAGAUUGAAGCUACUCAAGAAGAUCGUAACCUGUCUGACUUCAAAUAUGCUUGUGUUGGUUACUCGGUAUUCUUAAAUAACAAAGACAGCUCUAUGGAGAAGGGAGAGAAGCAACCCGAGUUGCCACUUUGUGCUGGCCUGGAGAUAUUAAUGGAUAGAAGAACAUCAACUGCUGAUCAUAUGCCUGCUCAUGUUCACAGUAAGGAAGAUGCUCCAGUUCAUUCUCAACCACAAGGUUACGGACCGACAACAUCAUCAGGACAGGACUUCUUUAGCAAGUUUGCUAGGAAUGCUGGACUGGUGGCUUCAGGUGUGGCCAGGAACCUUAUCAGAGUAGGCAACCAGAUUAAAGAUAGCUUUGAUGACAUAUUGUAUGACCGCAGGCGUCCCAAGUAGAAACCUAAACCUCAAAUGUAAAAUCACAGCUGGAACUAUUCAUUUCCAUUUUGUAAUCGGUUUAUUUAAUUUUGUAAUUGCUAGAGAACAAUUACAAAAUGUAUGGACAUCAGGUCUAUGAUGUAUUAGACCUCAGAUCUAUGAUGUGUUUGCUUGAAGAUGGUGGCAAACCUGCAAAUAUUCCUGUCUUCUAUAAAGCUCCAUUUUGUAAUUUCAGAAGGGUAUGGACGGGAGAUCUAUGAUGUCUUGUCUUUCUGAUCAUGGCAAGAUGAUCCUGUUCUUUGU